AUGUCAUAUCGACAAAGCGGUGCGCCUUCUGGGCUACGCCUGGUUAGUGCAGAGACACCCUACCCCGAAGGCCCGACAAACCCGUUCAUAGUUGCGCGCAACGCAUGGGAAUCCAACGAGCCAAUCGAGAGGAUCGGUCGGUCCAACGUGAAGAUCGACAUGGGCGACGGGUUAUGUCCCGCUUCUCCCGAAUUGGUGAAGCUUUCCACGACUACAGGCUGGACAGAUUGGGAUGCAUGCAAGCGUCGCGUUGCGGACAUCAUGGUGAUGCAUGUAUCGGCGGACGAAGCUCGGGGGCAGCUGCGAUUCCCAUGGGACUUGUCGAUCGGGUGGCCUCAAUCGCUGGUGAAGAACGGCUCAGUGAACAACGAUAGCCCAAAGUUGACAAUCGAGGGCGCCAGCUGGGGGUAUACAAACUAUUUCAACUACGUCAGUCAGGGCACGUUCAACGUAACGCUCAACGUGACUUUUAACGGAACCUUCGACGGCGUCAAUUCAACCAGGGCCCUCCAGAUCCAGCCGAGGAACGCGACUCUCGCCCGGGCCUCGAACUGA